AACCCGUGACCUGGCACUCAGCACAGCGCAUCGACAUGACCACUGAGCUAGCACGGCGGAUGGUCUAGUCCCAGAUUUACAGGCAGCGACAAAGAGUGCCUGCAUUUUUAUUAGUCGCUUGCAUGUCCACCGGCUCGCCUCCGACAAGGCUGUGGGGCUGUGCCACGAAGCAGAUAGCGCCCUCCCGCGCGUAGCUAUUGCAGUUUUGUGCGUGAAAUUAUCCGAGGAAAAAGCCUCGUGCUCCAGUACAGUUUAGCGUGAGUGAACCGUCAGGCCGUGCAUGUGCGAUGAUCGUAUCAAGUUCAGCGUAUCGCCGGCUCGAACGCUUCCUGCACUUAUGCCUGUGAACAGUGUGUCGUCUUCGCGGUGUGCUGUGCAGAAUGCGAAGAAGCCAGCCUGUUUCUGUGCUCGUGUGAGUGGCCGCAUGAAGAGCUUGUUUUACAGCCCGCGACAGGAGCACAUAAAUACGGACGUCUCGUCUGCUCCUGGGCAAUGCAACAAAGGCGGCUGGUUCCACGGCGAACACGGUGAUACGUAGCUGUGCCGCCGACGAGCAGUCGCACACGCGGUCAGCGAGUGCAGCUAGCCGAUCGAGAGUCGUCUCGUCGGAACCCGCCAGCACCAUGCGUGCGGUUGUGACGGUCGUUGUUCGCCGAGUUCCUCGGAGAGGAGCUGUGCGUUUCAGGACGGAGCUGGAUCACAGCAGGAUUCGUCGUAGUGUACCGGGGCCAUUCCUUUCCGCAGACGGGAAGCUGAGGCUUUCUGGAACGAGCGAAGCAGCAAAAUAUGCCGCCGGCAUUGCCCAACCUGUUUCGACUCCUGCUUCUGCCUCAUGGAUGUGCAGAACGAGCAACGUCAUCUUAUCUCGUAAUCAACCCUUGUGUACGCGACUUCCCAACUGCGCACCUCGGGCGCCAGACGUGACCACAUAGAGCGGCAGCGUUACGAGAAAUACAGGGCUUGCUGGGAAUUGCUGCCGGUUUAACAACCAUUCGUCACGUGUACCACGAGGCACGCCACACGAACGAUGCCUACCGGCUUUUGAACUUGGUCCCAUCAGCAAAUCAACAAGCGUCAUCUCAUGAUGGUGCGGAACUACUAAAGACACCUAUCGAACAACGCGGCGUGACGUCAUCAACAGCACAGCAUAUAAAAGAGAUACCUCGUAGACUACAACUUUAGUGAACAUGGCGGACCUGGCAAUGCCAUGACGUGAAGCAGGAAACUGUUUUUGUACUGCAGGUCGUGCGUUGGGGGUCUCCGCAUCUUGCCGAAACAGAAUCCAGAAUGAAUGUAACCAGCGACGUUCGAGCGCAUGCUACUGGCGCUGUGGAUCCCUUCACUUUGCGAAAGCUGCAUCAACUUCAUGCGCCUUCUUGCCGUGAGAGCAACGCCCGAGAGUACAGCGGCACGAGGGUUCUCGUCUGAGCCUUUGGAGAGGCUGGCUCUGUGAAACCAGUAGCGCCGCUUCUCAGAUCUCCCUUCGCUGUCAGUACGGUGCUGCUGGAACACCGCCCCCAUCGCCCGUCGGCCCAUAAAGCGGUGAAGGCGCUUUUGUGCUUCUUAAGGACGACGGGCUUGUGCGACCAUCUGUUACUAUUACUGCAAUUUCUAUGGCUGCCACGACUUGUCUUCCGGGGUGAACAUUCCAAAGGCAUACGCUAAAUAUAUGCCAAAGUAAGCGAGCCUGUUUGGGAAGCGAAAUGAGACGAGCAAGCCUUGCACGUUAUCACGAGACACGCCGAUACCGUUCGUUCAACUGCUGGAGAGUUUGAUGUCUCUGAGAAAGGGAAAUCAGGGGGUCAUCGAGAAUGCAAGGGAAAGCCUGGACGUGGCCUAGCCAGACGCUUCGUGGGACUUCCCUUCCCCUUUUCGGCCCCGCCAACGUUUAUGGUGGUGGUGGACCGAAAGGGGGGAACAACCCGAACGCGCCGAGGUGGUGGCGGAAGCGGCGACUCAGUGAGCGUCGCGGAAGGUAGUAGACCCGUCCAGUGACUCCGGUUUUUCCGUUUCUUUCUUUUUCGAGAAGCGGCGCGCCGCCUUGUCCACAAAAGUCCGCACGGACGCGCGCUUCGGAGGCAGAUGCUGCACUGAGCUUGCCUGAAGAACAACAAAGAUCUCCACACCAUUGCAACUUUCUCCGAGAGAGAGAAAAACACACUCUCUCGACAGCCCUCGGCGCUGCUCACUUACUUGACGACCAUUCGAAGGACAAGCAUCGCUCAAAAGCUGUGAAGAAUGAGGGCCACCAUGCUGCUGGUGGGCUUUAUGUUAGCCUCCUUGGCAGCCAUAAGUGCUCAAGAAGCAAGCGACGACGUUGUUCAGACCAUCACUGGCGCUGUGCGGGGUGUCGAUGUUCCCACGACGACAGGGUCAGUGCGUGCCUACCUAGGCAUUCCCUUCGCGGAGCCGCCGGUUGGAGAGCUUCGCUUCAAAAAACCAGUGCCGAAGAUGCCAUGGAAGGGUGUUUACAACGCUACCUCGCAGCCACCACUCUGCCCUCAGAUGCCCGUUCGAAUCAACAAUUUCUUUCUUAUUAGGGCCUCGGAUCCUGUGUCCGAAGAUUGUCUAUACGUGAACGUGUUCGUUCCGACCAGGAACGACUCCAGCUUGCUACCCGUGAUCGUCUACCUGCCAGGUGGUGGCUUCUCCUACGGCGGCAUCUCUAUCGGAGCCAUGGACACAUCUGAGCUGGCAGUGAGAGGCAACGUCAUCACGGUCGCCGUCGGUUACAGGUUGGGCGCUUUCGGAUUUCUCUACAUGGAUAUCGAAGACGCUCCGGGAAACAUGGGGCUCUACGACCAGCUUCUAGCACUCAAGUGGGUUAGGAAUAACAUACGCGCAUUCGGUGGUGACCCCUCCAGGGUGACGCUGAUGGGUGAAAGUGCGGGCUCCAUUGCAGUUGGCAUGCAGUUGAUAUCGCCCAAGAGCAAGGGCCUGUUCAAGCGUGCCGUAAUGCAGAGCGGCAGCCCAUUCACCGCCGCUGUGGUGAGCGAUCAGAAGCAGGGGCUUUUCAGAGCUUACCUGCUUAGCAGAGCGCUAGGUUGCGACGGAGGUGAGGCCAAGAACAGCGCUGAAGACGUUGUCAAGUGUCUCAAGUCGAAGCCUUUCAUGGACAUUUUGAACGCCACAGAGAGCUUCAACGCCGGCGGCUUGGACUCGUUCUUCCCCGUUUUCGGCGAGGAGAUGCUGCCCGAAAAACCUGCGACCGCACUGAAACGCGGAAUCGUCAACGCCGACGAGCUCCUGGCCGGCAUCUGCGAAUCAGAAGGCGACCUUUUUCUCUACUUCUUGUUCAACAAGCUUCGCGACAUGAACUCCAUCGAAGACGUGAUGAGCGGAGAGAUGAUAUUUCUCAUCAAAGCUCUCAUCACCUCGACCAUGGAGGUCGACCCGGACCCUAUCAUCAAGUACUACUUCAACGGCGUGAAUGUUACCCAAGGCAGAGAGCCCGUCUACAUUGGUUCCUCGCUAAUCGGAGACAUGCAGUUCGGCUGUCCGACGCUGGGUUUCGCGAAGAGGUUCCUCCGCACAGAUAGGUCGGUUUACAUGUACCAAUGGUCACAGCAGGCGUCUUUCGUUGACUGGCCAGAGUGGACGCGACCAACGCACGGAGACGACAUCUUCUUCAGCCUUGGCUCUGGUCUCAAAUUGGCUAAGAACGCCACCACAGAUGACAUCAAAGCUACAGAAAACUUCAUACACAUAUUGUCCACCUUCAGUCACACAGGAGUGCCAAAAGUCCUCGACAACACCAGCUGGCCGAAAUUCAAUGACGAAGAGCAGUACCUAGACCUUCGGCGGGAGGGAAACGUGGUCAAGAAGCGUUUGCUUCAGCCUGCAUGUGAAUUUUGGGGCAAGCAAAGCAGACGGUCGUGCAAGAAACGACUAGCUGCGGGCCUGGAUACAAUGACGUACUGCUGACUGCAGCGCUGACCAACAUUUAUAUGAUCUCUUUUUACAUCAAGUGUCAUAAUAAACUCCGGAGGCUGGUCCUCCAUGA